UCCACAUCAUCCAGUACAUGCAGUAUACCGCCCGGGGCAACGGGACACCAUGGAGCCGGGCUCUCACGGACCCUCCGCCGCCCGGGGCAGCUCUUGCUGAGGGCACUGGGAAGGAAUGGCUGAUCCUCUGCGGAGGACUCUAUCCAAACUGCGGGGGAAGAGAUCCAAGAAGGGGCCGGCGGGGGGACUCUCUAACGGAGAAGGUAAAGAGCAGCCAGCAGGGGGCGGGGGGCACCCGAGUAGCCUAGAGACCCCCGAGAAGUGUAAUGGGGUCAGCACCAUGGGGCCCCCCCAGACUUAUAACAGGGUAGGUGAUCCUGUAGAGAUUGUAUUGGGGCCCCUAGUCAGGUCAGGGGCCCCCUCAGGGUGGAGCCCCCAGAACCACAACAAUAACAAUGACAAUAGCCCCUCCCAAUGGGAUUUGGGGUGUCGGGACCCCGCAGGGUGCAGACACUCUCACUACAGCAAUGUGGAUUUUACCCCGUGUGCGCCCCCCGUGAACAGGCAGGGGGUCGACAGACUCCCAAAUAGCGCUCCCUAUAGCCUAAGCCCUGACUAUGAGGAGCACUGGGCACCCCACAGCGCCCCGUCCCCCCUGAACUUUAUAUACCCCAAUGUACCCGAGAGCAGGGCCCCCCAGGAGCCCCGUAUGGGCGUAGGGUACUUUGCGAAUCGCCAUAGCCCCCCACUGGCCCUGGCAGGGGGGUCUUACUAUGGGGGGCCCCAAAACCAUUCCGAGGACAGUGAUGAGGACGAUUACUAUGACAACGAUAACCUGAUCUCUGCUGCCCACGAACCCCAGUGUAAUAACCAGUAUACGGGGAGUGAAGUGCCGUCGCCUCAGACCCCCUACCUGCAUAGGACCACCGCCAGCUAUGGCCACCCGGACAGGAAAGGCCGUCUGGAUGUCUACCUGGAAACUGACCGACUCAGGUCUCAAUUGCAGGAGGCCUAUUACUUACUGAUUCAUGCCAUGCAUGACAUGCCCAUCGAGAGCCAUAGCCCUAAGACGGGCACAAAGUUAGAAACCUGUCCCUCCAGCUCCCAGUCCCAAGAUAGCAUCUAUUCCCAGUCCUCUGCCAGGGUGGUGGAAAGUGACAUGUGGUCCUCGGACGAGGCUAGUCCUAAGCAGGUGUCCCAUAGUGAUUUAGCCUCCCUCAACGCCCUUAUGACUGCCCAGCUUACCCGAAUGCGGAAAAUUAGCAAGAGCCUGGACACGGUGUAUACCCUGCCGCCGGCACUGGACGGGUUACAUAAGUGUCACAGUGAUAGUCAGAUCAGGUACAGCCCUGUCCAGAGCAGCCUGUCUUCUGAGUGCGGUGAGGAGCACAGCCAGGGCUCUAUUGGCCACCAGGCUGAUGUGGACAGCAGUGAGGGCAGCCCCCGAGACCUCCUAUCCUCUGUCAACUGGAAAGCCUCGGAGAGCGCCAUCCAGAGCCCUCCGGAGACGCCAGGUGACAUCCAGAGCCAUCCUAUCGAUGCCACAGUGACAAACAUGGAAGACCAGGGCAACACUUCACCUAAACCUUCAGGACUCACCGUCAAGAAAAUGCAAAAGUGGAUGUACAAAGGACGUUUAUUGUCUCACCGGAUCAUCGGCUCCUCCCAGAGAGCCGGCGCUGUCUGCGGCAAGUCGGAAGGUAGCCACACGGGCAACAAAUCCGAGCUUCACCAGGACAAAUCAGACUUCAUUGAGAACACCUACACCUCGACAGUCAUCAGACGAGACCUUAAAGUCACUGAGGUGAACCAGCACAACCUCCAGAACAACCACAUCACUGUCUCAAAGAAACGGAACUGGCUGGCGCAGAGCACCCACAAGUACCAUCACGUGACCGAGAGCCACAAACGGAGCCAUUACUCCUCCAACUCCAGUCAUGUGGUCUUUAAAGAGACUGUCCUCCAGCUGUCACGACCGGACAGAGAUAUGCCCGGCAAAGUACUGGACACCACCGUGACCUCCGCACCGGUCAGCCCGCACGCUGUGCCCGCCGGCACCUCUGAUCUGAGUGAAGAAAAUGACGCUGAUGAUGAAGGGGAGAUUUGGUAUAAUCCGAUCCCUGAGGAUGACGAUACUUACGUUUCCCCCAAGACUUCUUUUGACCUGGUCAUUUCUGAACCGGGACCUGAUGUCCUGGAGGUACCUGCAAGGCCAGGUCUGGGCGAGCCACUGUCUCCAGCCUCGGAUAAUACUGGAGAUUCCUUGGAUUCCAUGGACUAUAGUGUGCAGCUGUGCAACCAGAGAUUUGUAUGCAAGAUGGCAACGUCACUGUCUAUAGAAGAUCCACCUGCCCGCGGAUCCCAUGACCCGGGUCUGAAGGUUAUCUCCCCGGGGGCGGCGGACUUCUCCCCUCCUUGUAGUCCAAACCCAGUGAAGAAAGGCGGAAGCAUCAAUUGGUCUCUUCCAGAUAAAAUAAAAUCUCCAAGGACCGUACGCAAAUUAUCUAUGAAAAUGAAAAAAUUGCCGGAGCUCAGCAGAAAGCUGAGUGUGAAAGGAACGUCGUGGAGUCAUUCGCACUCUGACCAUCAGUCUUCCAGCUCUAAAGGAAACGGUCAGGACGGAGGCCACACAACCUCUUUAUCCUCGUCCGGACAAGCGGCAGCUGCCGCCAGCAGGAACGUGAUCAGCCGCUAUCACCUUGACAGUAGCGUUUCAUCCCAGCACAGCUAUAAAAAGAAAAGUUCUGGCACUUCCAAAUCUUCCAGUAAAGGGGGUUAUCUUAGCGAUGGGGACUCCCCGGAACUUAUAGCCAAAUCGGGUAAACACGGAACGGAGAAUAGACCUACGAAGGGAAAGGAACCCCAAUCGAGUAAUAAUGCAAAGUCAGAUUUGGACAUUGACGCUUUCCGGCACUACAGCUUCUCCGACCAACCAAAGUGUUUCCAGUACGUGUCUGGACUCAUGAGCGUCCACUUCUAUGGCGCGGAGGAUCUAAAGCCACCGAGGAUCGACUCCAAGGAUGUGUUUUUUGCUAUCCAGGUGGACACUGUGAAUAAAGCGAGAACGGCUUUGCUGACCUGCAAGACUUCCUUCCUAGACAUGGAUCACACUUUUAAUAUCGAGCUGGAGAACGCCCAACACUUAAAACUUGUCGUCUUCAGUUGGGACCCAACCCCAAAGAAGAACAGGGUUUGUUGCCACGGGACCAUCAUCCUGCCGGCACUCUUUAGGGUGACAAAAACCCAUCAGCUGGCAGUGAAACUGGAGCCCCGGGGCUUAAUCUAUGUCAAAUUGAGUCUUAUGGUGCAAUGGGAGAACUCUGCAGACCGGCUCGGAGUGGAUAGGGAACCCAUCAUAUUCGGGGUUGAUGCACGUUACGUCGUCGAGAAGGAAAAUUCAGGACUGAUGGUCCCGCUUCUUAUGGACAAAUGUAUAAUGGAAAUAGAAAAGCGAGGCUGCCAGGUGGUUGGCUUAUACCGACUGUGCGGCUCGGCGGCUGUGAAGAAAGAAUUGCGCGAAGCCUUCGAGAGGGAUAGUAAAUCGGUGGGGCUCUGUGAGAAUGACUAUCCAGACAUCAACGUUAUAACAGUAAAGAACGACCCUUCCAAAGAAGCCCCCCCAAGCCUUAGCCAAACAGAACUACAGCCGUGCCUGCGCAGGAAAAAGCCGCGUCCGCAAAUGCUGAACCUGAACAGCUCUGAGAUGAUGGGGGUGCUGCGGCCCAGGGCCGCCCGUCUGGACAGUCCCUCCAGCAACCGCUACGCCGGAGACUGGAGCAGCUGUCAGGGCAGCUAUCUAGUGACGCCAAAAGAGGAGGCCGACUAUGCAGACAUCCCCUUUGACUGUUCCAGGGACACUAUGGUCGCCGCUACCGCUGCCACCUUACGGACUUACGGGACAGACGAGCCUCUAAAAGCCAAAGACCUUCCGCUCUGUCCCCCAAUAACUGGAGGCGGAUUUGAGGAGCCCGACGUCAACCUCCACGACCUGCAGGAGAGCAUCGACACCCUGAUAGGAAACUUGGAGAGAGAACUGAGCAAAAAUAAACUGAGCGUCGUCAUGUGAGAAAACUCAUUCUGCUCCGCCGUUCCUGCGUUUAUCUCUUCUCAUUAGAAGAAUCCCUUCUCUUUUAACCCCGUGAGGGUCUACUAGUGUACGGCCGUCUGGUGACUGAAGCGCGGCCGGCUCUCCUGCACUUCCUGCCUGCGUACAAGGCAGGAUUUCCAGGAAACAAACUGUUACUCGGUACGUAUCCUCUUAAGAGGAAAACCUAUUGGCGGCCGGCUCGGUGAUACCGCGACCGGGGUCACCUCUGUGUCAAUCUAUGGUCGGCUCCGACGUGUUACUGCCGUGGCUGCUGGUCUGCCAG